AUGGGCUUUAAACUCGGUGAAUCAAAAAAAAAAAAAAAAAAAAAAAAAUCCUCUCAGGCUGUAACGCUAGCCGUCCUCGUCGGGGCUUUCCCCGCCAUCCAAGCUGCUGCCAUCCCGACCCCAGCCGCGUCGAGUACGCUACCAACUGGGACGUCCGUCGUUUCUGGUCUGAACGUCUUGGCUAAGGCUGCUGGCAAGCUCUACUUCGGAUCGGCCACCGACAACCCAGAGCUGAACGACACGACGUACACGAGCUACCUGGACAACAGCAACCACUUCGGUCAGAUCACUCCGGGCAACGCCUUGAAAUGGGAUGCCACCGAGCCCGAACCGAACACGUUCACAUUCACCGAGGGCGACCAGGUUACCGAUCUGGUUAAGAGCAAUGGCCAAAUUUUGCGCGCGCACAACCUAGUGUGGCACGAACAGCUUCCUAGCUGGGUAACGUCGAACAAUUACAGCGCCUCUCAAUUGACGGAGGUCAUUCAAAACCAUAUUUCAAACCUCGCUGGACACUACAAAGGACAGCCUAAUACUGAUUUUGGUUUCCGUCAAGAUGCCUGGGACGUCGUGAAUGAACCGUUUAACGAUGAUGGAAGCUUCCGCUCGGAUGUCUUCUACGACACACUCGGUAGUAGCUACAUCUCCAUCGCCUUGGAUGCAGCGCGCGAGGCCGACCCGAACGCUAAGCUGUAUAUCAAUGACUACAACAUUGAAUAUACAGGCGCCAAGGCCACCGCCAUGCAGAACCUCGUCAAGACGCUCCAGUCCGACAGCGUCCCCAUCGACGGCAUCGGCAUGGAGUCGCACUUCAUCGUCGGCGAGGUGCCCACCACACUCGUGGAGAAUUUCCAGGCGUUCGCCGACCUCGGCGUCGAGUUCGCCAUUACGGAGCUCGACAUUCGCAUGACGCUCCCCGAGACCGCUGACCUCCUAGAGCAGCAGAAGCAGGACUACUACACGGUCGUCUCCGCGUGCCUCCAGGUCUCCGCGUGCAAGGGCAUCACCGUUUGGGACUGGACGGACAAGUACUCGUGGAUCCCGUCGACGUUCCCUGGCCAGGGUGCGGCCACGCCUUUCGACGACAACUACGAGGAGAAGCCGGCCUUCGACGGUAUCGUCGCGGCACUCCAGGGCCAGAGCCUGUGA